AUGGCAGAAGACACCAUGACAGUCACGGUUCCUCAAUGGGCUCAAAAAUUAGUUGCUACACACAACAACAUAUCCACCAGUAAAAACCAAAACAAUAUCAAGAAAAGUAACACUAAUAACAAAAUUAAAGCAUCCGAUAUACCAUCUCCAUCAGGAUUUAGUCCAUAUGCCUCCAAACCUAUCAAAUUACAGACUUUUAACAAGAAUGACAAGCAAGUUAACCAAAUUUUAAUAUCUAAAGCUUGGCAAAUUGCAUUUCAACCAGCAAAAUCCAUCCCAAUGAAUUUAAUAAUGUCGUAUAUGAGUGGUACUUCAUUGCAAAUCAUUCCCAUUAUAACAGCUGUUAUGCUUAUAACAAAUCCGAUUAAAAGUAUUUUGAACAUAAACAAUGCUUUUAAACCAGUUUUACAACACGAGUCCGUUAAAUACGAUAUUACUGGUGCAAUGGCUGUUUAUGUUUUAUGUCAACUGCUUUUGGUUGGUAUUGCUGUUUACAAAUUGCGUUCUAUGGCUCUAAUUCCAAAUACCAAGAGUGAUUGGGUUGCUUGGGAAAACCCAACCACAUAUAACGGGAAAUCAAUCGUUAUUUAA